UCUCUCUCUCUCUCUCUCUCUCUUGCACCCUACUAAAGCUCCAGCUUAGGUAACUGACAUAUAAUGCACAUGUCUGGCCCUUUGACCCGUGCCUCUCUCCUCAACAUUCUCCUCAACCCACUGCUUACCACAUCCACAUCCACCCGCGCAUUAGCGAUCAGUACGCCACGAUUCCAAUUCCAUCUCCCUAGUUAUCCGCAUUGCUUCGCUACCCAUCUUUACCGUCACCAUAACACCAGUUUCUGCGCAACGAUGUCGACGGCCACUUCCCAAGAGCCUCAGACUACGGGCACCGCCACCCUCUCUGAAAAUCAGGAGCGGAAAGAAUACCUGGCUCUUCCAGAUGCAAAUAGUGUCGACUCUGCGACGCGACAGCUCGACGUCAGUGGUGAUGGGUCAUCCGUGAAGCUGGACCAUCUAGGCCCGUUGGUCGUCAACCAGGAUGGAACACUAUCGAGAAUCUCCAACUGGGAGCAAAUGACUGAGAUCGAGCGGACAAAUACAUUGAGAGUCUUGGGCAAGCGGAACAAAUUGAGGAUGGAUGCUAUCAAAAAGGAACAGAACCAGGGACAGGAAAACUAGGUAGUCUCACAACUGGCACCGAGAAGAGACAAUUCGGUCGCCUCGGCUGCUGGAGGGCGAUUCUGCGAAUCGUAAUGUCUUGUGCUGUUGUUAUAUGCUUUCUGCAGGUUGAAUAAUUUACAGGGACGCCUAGCCGGACCGCGCGUCACAUUCACAACUAUAUCUUGAUCAUAUAUCUCCCGCGUGGAGCAAUAGAACACAUCAUGUUUGCCACCUCUCUUUGGUCCGACGAUGUAAGUAGAUCAGCCGAACAGCCAAUCGCCAAAUCGUGAGAA